AUGUCUUCAGAACAACAACCAAGGAAGCCAAAGGUCCUGGCGUUGAGCUAUCCAGCCUACACCAACAAGGCCUAUCUGGAAGACUUCACCUCCAAAUUCGAACUCCAUGUCCUCAAAUCUACGGACCGUGCCGGUGCGAUUCCCGAGAUCGCCCAACUGGCAGCCUCCUGCGGUCCGUUCGAUGCGGUCAUGGUCCGGAUAGGAAUCAUGCCCUUUAAACCAUUCGACGCCGAACUCUUCGGGCCCUUGCUCCCACAUCUCAAAAUCGUCGCUGCGGCACCUGCCGGAUUCAACGCUUUCGACGUCGACUGGAUGACCAAGAAUAACAUCUGGUUUUGUAAUACACGCAAUGCAAUUUCAGAAGCCACCGCGGAUAUGGCCAUGUUUCUCAUCUUAGCGACAUUGAAGAACACAACAGUGGCAGAACGAUCGGCAAGGGAAGGCAGAUGGAGGGAUUUGGUUGUUAAUCCGUCGACGGAUCCGAGGGGUCUGACGCUGGGUAUUGUGGGAAUGGGGAGUAUCGGAAAGCUCUUGGCCAAAAAGGCGUUGGCAUUCAACCUCAAAAUCAGAUAUUACAGCCGGAAACGCCUGUCCCUGGACAUUGAAGAGCAAUAUAAUGCCUCAUACUGCCCAACGCUGGACGAUUUGCUUUCUACUUCCGACAUCGUAUCGAUAAACUGCCCACUGAACGAUGCGACGACAGGUCUCAUAGGUCGAAGAGAAUUUGCGAAAAUGAAAGAUGGUGCAUACUUCGUCAACACGGCACGGGGUGAAGUGGUCGAUGAAGGCGCACUGAUCGAAGCUCUGGAGUCUGGAAAAGUGAAAAUGGCAGGACUAGAUGUGUUUGAGGGGGAGCCGACGAUCAAGCAGCUGCAUCCCAAUAUGGAGCUAUUUGAGUACUUCAGGACGAGUGAGAAAUGUAUCAUUCAGCCCCACUUGGGAGGAAACACGACUGGAGCAUGGAUGCUUUCAGAACUGGAGUGCUUGGAAAACAUCAAAGCUUGCUUGACCACCGGCGUUCCCGUCGCACCAGUGAAUUGGGUGGAAAGGAGAAGCUGA